UAUUCCUUUCUUGCGUGACCUCCUGUUCUAGCGGAUAGCUGUUAUAUACAGCUGUAUAGCUGUUCCAUUCAAAGCUUUUCAGCGUUUUCGCACCGAAAGGCGCCGCUCGACGUCAAUUCGACGAAUUAAGGAAGCAGAAAUGUUAUAUACGCACUAAUGUCAGCUGAGAAAAAAAAUUGGACAAGUUCCUUUGAUUAAGUAACCUUCGUUUGAACAAAGAAAACUUAACUGAAUUGAUUUGAAGAUUUAUAAAAAGGCAACAACAUGCUGCGUAAACAGACGUACAUAAUGGAUAAAUUAAUGAAGUUCAUAAUUUUGUUCUCCAGCUGUUUAAUUACUACAGAAUCUCUCUCUAUUGAAGUCUCAACUAAUGAUUUAGAAUUCCAGUUAAGUAAAUCUGGUGAAUUUAGUGUUUACCCUAGUGAAAUGUCUAAUCAGACUAUCUACGUUGGUUUUAUAUAUGAAGAUGAAAAUAUAUUGAAAGUACUGUCUAAUGACAGUGUAAUACCCCCCGAAACUAAUGAACGACUAAAUUUUACUGUGUUAGCAACAGAAGCUGGACAUUCUACCUUAGUCGUUAAUGCUACCCCAAGCAAUGUUCGUACAGAUAAUGCAUUUAUUAGAGUGAAAGUAUUUAAAAUUCCAUCACUUAAGGUGAUCAGUGCAGUGGUAGGCUGGAUUUAUUUUGUUGCUUGGUCUAUUUCAUUUUAUCCACAGAUAUAUACAAAUUGGAAAAGAAAAAGUGUUGUUGGAUUAAAUUUUGACUUUCUGGCCUUCAACAUAACAGGAUAUCUGGCAUAUUCUAUAUUUAAUGUAGGUCUAUACUUUAUUCCAGAAAUACAGAAAGAAUAUCAUAGCUGGCAUCCAACAGGAGUUAUUCCAGUUGAACCAAAUGAUGUAGGCUUUGCACUUCAUGCAUUACUGGCAACACUUAUACAAAUCAUUCAAUGUUUCAUAUAUGAUCAUGGAGAUCAGAAACUCUCUCAUGUGGCUAUUGGUUUGAUUAGUGCUGGAUGGUCAGCUGCCAGUGUAUUUCUAUUGGUAACUUCUUUAGGAGUAAUCAAAGAAACUCCUUGGCUCAACUUUUUACUCUUCUUUUCGUAUCUGAAACUUGGUGUUACUGUCAGCAAGUACAUUCCACAGGCAUAUUUUAAUUACGAACGAAAAUCUACAGAAGGAUGGAGUAUUGGAAACAUUCUCUUAGAUUUCACAGGAGGAGUUCUUAGUAUUUUGCAGAUGUUUCUUAUAGCAUAUAAUUUUGAUGACUGGACUUCAAUUUUUGGAAACUUUACAAAAUUUGGACUGGGAAUGAUAUCAAUUCUUUUUGAUAUCCUCUUCAUGAUACAGCAUUAUUGCCUGUACCGAGAAAAAGACGAAAUGUUACUUGAUGCAGAUAACUCUCUACCUUGAAGACCUUGCAACAUUCCACUUUAAUGAUAUUUUAAAUACAUCUAGUCAAAUUACCGUCUGACAUUCCAGUAUUUAUUUUUCAUCUUAGUAUUUAUUAUGAUUAUUACUACUACAAUAUUCUCACUGGAAACUUCUUAGAUGUAUUUAUGUAUUUUGGCAGGAUUUGCACACCUUCCAUCAAGAUUAGAUUUAUACAGUACACAUAUAAAGCAGAUUUUAGUCAUACAAAAGAAUGAGUACAGAAUACAUAAUUUCAUGCACUACUGAAAUUGUGAGCAACUUUUGAUUCUUAUCUUUGUAAAUUACACAUUUGCAGUAUUGCAAAGGACAAUGUUCAAGUUAAUAUAUUAAAUUAUUUGAAUAAAUUUCCAGAAACUCUGAA